CGAAAAGAAAAAAAUCAGAAAGCGAUCUGAUUGUUAGCAAAGAAGGAGAUUGGAACUUGGUGAAACGAACCAAUCGUCAGAGUCGCAUUGUAAGAAUCAUAAUCCAUGGGAUCGGACUGGACCAAUCUUUCUUUCAUUUCACCAAGUUGUGACGUUUUCUUAUAGAUUUAUCACUCCGUAUUUUUGUUACUGCAGUCCCUCUUCCAUCCAGGAUAUCGAAAGAGUAGAAGAGUGAAAUCGAGCGAAGAUUCGAUCGGGGAUUGCUCUCGUUCUGUUUGAGUCGCUAUUUUUAUUCACUGAACCAUGUCGGAUUCGCGUCGUCGCUCCUCGCGACGCGGAAAAAAACUGGAAUCGUAUUCCGCCAACGAUCUUGUGCAGGUAAUUCCGAAAUGUAAUGCACGCGACACAGAUGUGGAUCUACUGUGUUGUUUGUGCUGCUGGUUCUAUUUUGACAAGAAUUAAACUUCCCAUGCUUCUAUCAACCAAAUAAUCUAAUUGUUUGGUUUCUGGUUGUGAAUUCCACAUUUGUUCUAUGAAUUUUCUUUAUUCUUCAGAUUCCCCACAACAGCACUACGAUAAUCGGAAGGUUGCUGUACAAGCUUACGGAGCAGCCUUCCGUGCGCUGGCUGGUUGCGUUCGAUGAUGUUCCGAGUCGCAAGGACGAAGAGAUUCCUGAAGAGGCUAUUGGACCGGUAGUCGGACGUCUGGAAGCGGCUCCCAAGGCCCCCGACUCGACAAGCAACCGCAAUGCUUCGAACCUGGUUACGCCUACCAUGGAUGACAGUAAUGUCGCAUCAACAAUAACAAACAACGAGUCUGUUACAACCCGAAGUGUACGGAGGAAAAGCAACUCGGGGAGCAACUCGAGCAGCAGCUCGGACGACAGCAUAACCAAAAAGAAAAAGAAGGGUAAUUCCUUGCCCGCAUCUAUUCCAAAGGAGGAAACGGAUUCGAGAAGCGAGAUCGCCCAGGAAAUACCUCAGCUGUCGCCCAAGAUCAGUGGUCGCGAACGACGCAGUCGACGCCGCCAGGGAUUGGUCGACGAGGAAACUCAGCAAGGAACCCUACUGCCGAGCUCCAACGCUCCGAUUGCCACCACUGGUGCAAAGGUUGCCCCUAAUGCGAAAACGGCCAGUGUGCCCCCGACUGAAAAGCGGAAAACAGCGCAAGGCAAUAGCUCAGGAAAAUCCCGGAAUGACGAUGCACCGAGAACAAAAAAGGGCAAAUUUGGUCCAUCCCACGUCCGCGGUAAUGACGAGGUGUUGAAGGUCCAGUUUCUAACUGGUACGCUUUACUUAUAUCGUGGGCCGAAACGCCACGUCGAGUUCAUUCCCAAGUACUAAAUAAAUAACCAACCCCACCCACGACCGAUUCAUCCAUCUUUGGUGUGUUUGGCUUUUCAUUCGAGCCAAGAAAUGGCACUUUGUCAA